AAUCCGUGGGCUCCAGUGGGCGGGGCUUCGCCGGCUCCGCCCAGCCGCCCUAGUUGUCAUAGUGAGGCCGUGUACUCUGAAUUUGGGAUCCCAACGGCUGGAAACUCGAAGCGGGAGACAUGGAGUACACCGGGAGCAAGUUUAUCGGGAAGUAUGUAGAUGGGAGGAUGGAGGGCAAAGCCGAAUACAUCCUCCCUACAGAAACAAGAUAUGUUGGGGAAAUGAAGGACGGCAUGUUCCAUGGCGAAGGGACCCUGUACUUCCCCAGCGGUAGCCGAUUCGACGCCACCUGGGAGAAGGGCUUGGUCAUCAAGGGCAGGUAUACCUUCGCAGAUGGGCUGCAAUAUGAUGCUGAGAACUGGCAUUACUGUGACAGCUAUGACCGGAGGUUUUACACUGAGAUAUGCUAUGGCUUGAAGCCUUCAGGUAUCUCUCAGCUCACCAAUAUGGACCCACCUAGAAAAAUCCCCAAGGGCUGUUAUGACUGUGGAGAUGGCUUCUAUAAUCCCAUCACAAGGAUAGUCAAGGACUACAGGAAUCGCUUUCUGAGAAAUGCAGGUGAGAAAUCUGAGGCCCAGAGAGGCCCACGUGUCCGACACUCAUGGCGUAUUUGUGAGAGAACCAGGACUGGAAUCCCAGUUCCCCACUGCCAGAUGGGGCUCCUUCCCCACGGUUCCUCCCUGUGUUUCCUGCAAAAUGGCCGAAUGAUGAUGAGCACGAGUGGAUCAUCCGCACCUGUCGCAAGGGCUGGGACGAGAUCGUGGGUCACAGGCCCAAGCUAUGAAUUCUGCAGCCGCCUCCACCAGAGGCUUCUGUCUGCCCCGCCGGCACUGCGGCUGCUCUGAGGAGCAGGCUGCAGGCCUCAGUCCUGACCUUUGACUCAGGAAUAAAUUUUUUCUGCAGGCA